GUGACACUGACUAUUUGGGGGUACUGAAGAACUUUGGUCAGCUAACCACCACUAGGGGUGAGGGAGAAUAUUGGAACCUGAGAGGCAUAAACCAAACCACAGCACUGGAGCACAAGCCAGAAAAUAAUGAAAGCAAACAACUCUGCCAAAAUGAAAUGUGAUUUUAAUUGUAACCAUGUCUGUUCUGGACUCGCAAAGACUGAGGCAGUAAAGACAAAACUAGAAUUCUCUACCUCGAAUUAUGGGGAAGGGUCUUGUAAAGACUGUGCAAAAGCAUAUCAGAGGCUGUUGCAUAGUGAACUGCAGAAUGCAACCCCCAGAAAUUUUGAUCCCAAAGCUGAAGGAAAACAUGUACAUAACAAAGAAAAUCAGCAAGUAUUAUGCAGGUUUGUUGAAGGGGCCUGUGAAAUGGAGGCAUUAGAAAACAGUAAGCUAAAUGAGGAUAGUGGUUAUUCCUCUAUGUUGAGCAACCAGUACACUGAUCCGACAGAACAUGAUGACAGUAUAUUACUGGCAGGAAAUAUAUAUGGCACACCAAAUCACUCUCUCAUGAAGAACCAAAGCCAAGUACAACUCUGUAAAAAAAACUUGUUACCAGUUACCCAUUUUGAAGAAUUGGUUUGCUCAACUUUGAAAAAAAGUGGUAAAAGAAAUUUGAAAUCAUGGGCUAUUGUGGACAGAAUUGUUUCCCAGGGAAGCCUUGGACUUCAGAAUCUAAUUGGCAAGAAAAUGGGAUUAGAUGGAAUAGACUUUCUUGAUGAACUCUUCCAAAGGGACCUCAGACAUCUGUUAGCAAACAUCUUAAGGCAUCUUGAUGAGAUGGACUUAAUAAAUGUGGCUAAAGUGAGCAAAACAUGGAAGAAAAUUUUAAAAGAAGACAAAUGGGCGUUCCAAGUGUACAAUAGAGCAGUGAAAAGCCUUUCUGAUGGUAGUGUACCGCCCUCAGAACAUACAGUAACAAGGGAAUAUGUACUAUACCGAGCAGCUUUAGCUUCUGUUCAGACAGCAGCUCCUCCAAGCAGUUCAUCCAAAAAAGCAUCCAGAUCCAAAGCAUCCAACCAGAGCAAUCACAAUGUUUCUUACAGCCGACAUAUGGAGUUUUCAGAGGCUGCCAAGACCUUGAAAAAUACCGAAAGCCUUAAGGUUUGCAGCCGCUGUAGCUCACCUGCAAAAUAUAACUCCUAUCUACAGAGGGCAACAUGCAGCCGUGAAAGCUGUGGCUUUGACUUUUGCACCAAGUGCCUGUGCUGCUACCACAAUUCCAGAGACUGUGCAAGUGGCAAACCUGUGAAAUCUAGCUCUAAGCUCGGACUUCUUCCUGGUACAAAAAAAAGCAAGCAGAAUUUGCGGAGAUUAUGAUCUGUUGUGCUAUCAGGGGCAGCUAUUAUAUCCCAGAGGUUAAUUCAGAGGUGGAAGUUAUCCUGAAGAAAAGUGUGGAAGUGCUUCUUGGUAAAUAUUCUAUUUUUAAAAAGAAAAUAAGUUAAAUAUGUCCUAGAUCCAUUCCUAGGCAAUUUUUAAACUUUUUGAGAAUUUUCCGAAAUUUGUCCUUUCCUAAACAUGUUUUUUAUUCAUUUAUAACCUUUAAAAGAAAAUUUUAUAUAUGAAUUAUACAGUAUAUUUUAAAGAAUGUUCUUAACUAUGAACUUAAAAAAAGAGCAAGGUUAACUAGUCAUUUUUGGCGUGCGGUCCUAUAUGUCUGAAACUAGCUUAUUGCGGAGUCUAAAGAAUUAUUUUGAGGACUGAAUUUUGUUUUAAUUAAAUAAUGUUUGAUUUUAUUUCUCCAGAAAAGUCUUUCAAAUGAGUUCACAGUAGAAAUUGGAAAUGGCAUGUGUAUAUGAGGCCCUUUUAUUUUCAGAGAGUUUCAAGACUCUUGGUCUUUAGGGCAUGUGCUUUGUGUUCAAGGCUUUUCCUCAUCAGUCUAAAAUUGGAAUCAGAAGUUAGCCAAAUUUUCAAAACACUAGCAAGUCUAAUGAUUUACCUUAAAUUAAUCUUGGAUUUUACUGGUGUUUCUUCAUUCCUCCCCUGUUUUGUGUGAUCAAGGAGCUAUGGACUGACAUAGCACUCUUGCCAUACUGACUCCAUCCCAAAAAGGAAAAAAAAAAUAUAGUGUCACAAAAUAGCUAGAGAACUGGGUUGUCGCUUUUCUGCAAACUAUAUGUUAAAUUUUAGGUUUUUUGUAUAUAUUUGUAAAUAUUACUUUAAAUAUUUGUCCGUGUCCCUUUCAUACUGUAAAUGUGAAAAUAAAUUAAAAUGUUUUCAACAGAAGUAAUGUAG